AUGGGUAUCAUCGUUGUAGGGUUGCUAAGAAAACAACUAUCUCUGCAACAAAUCGUAGGGAACGAGAGAGGUGGUGUAAAAGCAGGAGUAAAUGGACUGUUAAUGAAGAUUGGUUGUAGCAACAUCACUGUAUGGUAUUGUGUGUACCUUAGUGUAGCUACAUCACUGAAGUAUUGUGUGUACCUCAGUGUAGCUACAUCACUGAAGUAUUGUAUGUACCUCAGUGUAGCAACAUCACUGUAUGGUAUUGUUGUAGCAACAUCACUGAAGUAUUGUGUGUACCUCAGUGUAGCAACAUCACUGAAGUAUUGUGUGUACCUCAGUGUAGCUACAUCACUGUCCAAUACAAUUCCUGUCUGUACCAAGAGCAAUGAUGGUCCAAUCUACUAUGAAGGGGACUCUGUGACCUUGACAUGCACAAUGGGUUUCCAUGGUAACCAGAAACCAAAGUUAGAUUGGACUUUACCCAGAUGGCAUGUGGAUUAUGAUCAUUUGAGGUUCAAACAAGAAAACUCGGCUAACUUGGUUUCCUCAAGUGUCACCCUUGGCUUACAACAUAUGAUAGAUGGAAAGCUGUUUACAUGUUCUGCCUCAUUUGUCAACAUAUCUUCAACAUAUAAUUGUACAACCAUGUUCAAACCAGAAAGUGUUCAAUAUGUUCCCUACAUUUCACACUUGAGAACUUUCCCUUGGACAGAAGAACACAAUCACCAGACAGAAGAAGGCUCGAACAUUACAUUGGCUUGUGAAGCUCAUGGUAACCCUCGACCUAACUGGACCUGGAAAUUCUUCCCCAAAAAGGUGAAUAAGUCGAAAGUUCUACCGUGCAAAUUUGUUACUUGCCGAUUGAGUUACCUAACUACAAUGGAUACUGGAUCCUAUCAGUGUAUUGUCUCAAACACAGUGAAAGGUGUUGACCGUUCUGCUACACAGACCUUAUAUCUGAAGGUCAAUGGCAGAGGUGUAACUUCUACUGCCGCACCAGUCAGUGUUGAAUACAAAAAAGAUAAAGGCUUUUCACCAUAUGCAAUUGGGGCGAUUGUUUGCGCCAGCCUGGCUGUGAUCCUUAUUAUUGUCUUCAUCCUACUUGCGUUGAAAAUGAGGAGACGAGAACAUAUGUUACAUGAACGGUUAACAAGAAUGCAUGAUGAGAACCUUGAUGACCAGGAGGUUGAACUUCUUGAUGAAAAUAUACAGCCGGAUAACUCCGAACUGCCAGCAGAGUACGGAAGACUAAAACAGCAGUGGGAGAUAGCGAGAAAAGAUAUACGAUUAGUUGACCUUAUUGCUAAGGGAUCAUUUGUUGAAGUGUGGCGAGGACGUAUGAGAAAAUAUCCAAGGCGAAAUGAAAUUAUGAAAGUUGCAAUAAAAAGAAUUGUAUCUGAAGCGACGGAGAAGGAGCGCCGAUUUUACCUUGCAGAACUAGAAGUGAUGAAAGCUAUACAACCACACCCAAAUGUCUUGCCUUUGAUUGGCUGUUACACUGGAAGUGAUCCGUGGCUGAUGAUGGUAGAAUAUGCUGUGGAAGGUAGCCUGUAUCAGUACUUACAACAUCGCCGACCAGGUGACCUUCGUGUAGAAAUCAGCACAGAUAACCACAACAGUGUUAGUGUACGCAACCAGAAUCUCACUGCCCAUAAACUCCUGUCUCUAGCUGCUCAAGUUGUUAAUGGUCUUGUACAUAUCAACAGGUUUAAGAUGAUAUUUUAUCGGUUACGGGCCUCUAGUGUGUUGGUGUGUAAAGGUGGAGUAUGCAAACUGUCAGGGUUUGGUUUCACACAGGAUGUUACUGAGAGGAAUCUAUAUGAAGCUAAUUCUUCACCAGUUCGUUGGAUGAGUCCUGAAAGUUUGUUUGAAAAUGUAUUCAAUGUGAAAACAGAUAUCUGGUCAUUUGGAAUACUUCUGUGGGAAAUUGUACAUUUUGGACAUCUACCAUAUCCUGACAUGGGUCCUCAUGAGGUAACAGAGAAGAUUCAGACUGGAUAUAGAAUGUCACAGCCCCCGCACUGUAGCAGUGAUAUAUAUAAUCUGAUGUUGAUGUGUUGGGCAGAGAAUCCAGAGAAUCGACCGUGUUUCGGUGACAUCAUGCAGAACUUACAUCACUUGUCCCAGCAUGCAGACACACAUAUCAACAUUGAUAAGUUACCAGAAGGCUUGCGGAGCGCUGACAUCAUUGACAACAUGGAUAUCGUAGCUUGAAGAAAUCUGAGCACAUUGUUACUGUCUCAUAAACAGAAAUCCAGAGUUGAAUACUUGUGUAGAACUAAUAUGCAUGUUUAAAGUCCAUUUAGUGUUUUAAUACUGUUUAAGAGCUCAUUAAUUAUGUCUCCCACCACACAGAGGUUUGGGAGACAUGUUGAUUUACUCCUGUCUGUGUGUGUGUGUCUGUCUGUCACAAAGCUUGUCCACACUCUAAUUCGAACAUUUCUCAUCCUUUCUUCACCAAACUUGAACAAAAUGUGUUUGCUAAUAAGUCCUCAGCCAAGUUUGAUAGCUAGCCAAGUCAGCCCAGGCACUUCGUAAUUAUGGCCCUUGAACAUACAGUGCAACCUCUAUAGAGCAACACCCUUUGGGAGAUACCAGUAUUGCCUGUUAUGUAGAGGUUGUUGUUAAGGUAAAUUUGAUAGUAUAUUUCAGCUUAGGGAAAUUUGGAUGAUGUUGUUAUAGAGAGGUUUUUGCUUAAGAGAGGGCUGCUCUGGAGAGGUUGUACUGUAAUUACCGAUACAGAGUUGUAGACCGGUUACACCAACAUGUGAAUACCAAUAGGCUGCAAACAGUAUACAAAGACAGACUUACUAUUCAGAUGAUAAGGCAGUUGUGGGAGACAUGUGCUUUUCUCAAAAGCACCUCUUGUUGAAAACUAUUUAGCAAUUUGAGGUCUUAUUUAAAAUGAAUAUCUACAUUUUGUAUAAUUCUAUAUCUUAAAAAUAUAUUUGUUAACUAUAAAAUAUUAGUAAUUUUUAGAAAGUUUUAAUUAUCCAUUUCGUGAUAAAUUUUUGUGAACAAACUUUGUUAAGAUCAUAUAGAACAUCCUGUAUAUG